AACAUAUAUUGUAUUUCGCUCUGCUUUGACACCGUAUAAUAUGACUCCUUUUGAGCGUUUCAUCUGCUUGUUAAAACCUGCUCGAUAAGACACAAACAAUGCAAUAUAUUUUCCAUAGUGUGGGCAACUAAUGCCAAAAUACUAUGGUAUAUAUUAUAUUAAAUUAAACACACUUAUUUUACCUUUGAACUUUGGGUUUGUUUUUUCUUUUUUUUCUUUUGUGUUACUGCGUCAGUAAUUUCCCUGUGAAAUGAUACUUGGGUGUCUACCGCUUUAACACCCCAUACACAGUGGUGUAAUAUCACUGUCAUGGUCAUAUUUAGUACAUGCUGCUCCAGAAUGUCUUCAUUGUCCAUAAAUGUGGCACACAAUUUUUAAUUCAUUGCAGACUCUAAAUUGCUUAUCCGCCAUUGUCAGUACAUGAGUGUUUUUGUGGAGAUGCACGAUAUAUCAGUUAAUAUAUUUGUAUCAGCCGACGUUCAUUAAAAAUAAAGACAUCGGCAUUGAUCUGAUGUGUUGGUUUUAGUUGAUAUUACCGGCCGAUAUAUAUAGCCUUUAUCAAUAGUUAAAGUUAGCAGUCCCAGAGCUAAAGGGAUGCUCCGAUCGAUCGGCCGAAGAUCAGUAUCGGCCGAUAAUCACAUUUUAUGACUCGAUCGGUACUCGUUAAACUUGGCCGAUCUUAGGAACCGAUCACAAUUGAUGACGUUAAUGCGUGAGGACGUACACGAUGAGUGGGGACGUAAAUGUUUUGGCGCGCAGACAUGUCAUCGCCGGUGUGGAAUUACUAUGACGUUUCGAGAAACAAUGAAAAAUUCGCUAUUUGCCGUUUAUGUUCCAAACAAAUCUCACGUGGAGGAGCAUUGUCCAAAACAUUUAAUACAACGAACCUCAUUCGGCACUUAUAAGAACGAGCCACCGCGAGUCGAUCGUAUGGCGAAUACGAAAAACUGGCAACUGCAAAAAAGGCAACGUCCUAGAUCAUGGAGGAGCCCUCAGUCUCGGCUACUGUAUCCCUGAUGUGAUGAUUUUAAUGUGCUUUGUCCUGGGUGCCUCAGACUCACGUCAGAGUCAUUGAACACCAUAAGAAAACCUAGAUGAGAGGCCUCCAGAAGUCUCACAAGGUCCACAAGUUAAGCUGCUAGAACGUCGUCACUCAAACAUGCCAAGCUCCAUAAGGCGGCAGGUGAAGAACGUGGUGAAUAACUACUCAGAGGCCGAGAAGAAGGUGAGGGAGGCCACUUCCAACGACCCGUGGGGCCCACCCAGUUCGCUGAUGUCGGAGAUCGCAGACCUUACCUACAACAUGGCUGCCUUUUCGGAGAUCAUGCGUAUGGUGUGGAGGCGCCUCGGCGACCGCGGCAAGAACUGGCGGCACGUUUACAAGGCGCUGACGCUCCUGGAGUACCUGGUGAAGACCGGUUCGGAGCGGGUGGCCCUGCAGUGCCGUGAGAACAUCUUGGGCUUGCAGGUGCUGGCUGAAUUCCGCUACGUGGACCGCGAUGGCCGGGACCGGGGCGUUGGCGUGAGGGAGAAAUCCCGGCAGCUGGGGGCGCUGCUGAGGGACGGUGAGCGGCUCCGGGCAGAGCGCUCUCAUGCCCUCAGGACCAAGGAGCGCAUGGCGCAGGUCGCCACCGCCGUGGCCGGUGACAGCCUGGUGCGUUUCGGCCACGGAUCCAGUCAGCCCAGCCUGCCUGCCGACUCCUCGGAGCAGCGUGGCCGGUCUGGAGGCUCGCCGGCCUCGUAUCCGGGCUCCCUCCCCCAGCGUGUGUCCUCCGAGCUGGAGCAGGCCCGGCCCCAGACCAUUGGGGAGGAAGAGCUGCAGCUGCAGCUGGCUCUGGCCAUGAGCCGCGAGGUGGCAGAACAGGAGGAGAGGAAGCGCCGGGGGGAGAGGCUGUGGCUGCAGGUGGCCCAGGAGGACAGCAACAGGGGGUGUGCCACUGGGGCGGAGCCCGCGGAGAGCCACGAGAUCACGCUGGUGGAUGUAAUGGAUACGGCGACGGAGGGCGCGGCUGAUCGGAUGUCAGAUGCUUGGGCAGUGGCACUGCCCCCUGCAGACCCUUGGCAAGCCAGCGCCUCCAAAUCGGCUGACCCGUGGGGAGUGACCCCCGCCCACAGCACUGACCCCUGGGGGACCUCAGCUGGAGUGGCUGCUGACCCUUGGGGGGCAGAGUGUGGCACCUACCCCAAGGCCCGUGUCAACGGAGAUGGUAAUUGCUUCUUGCCUUCUUGGACCUGUCUGGACCUGAUGGAUGUCCAGCAGGGAGUCUCUGGACCGGACGGCACGGCAGACACGUCCAGCAGCAUGGUGAACCCAGACCCUUUCGUCAGCAAGCCAGCGAGGCUGACCCCUGUCUCCAACCCCUUUUUGGUGGCCGAUGCUGCCCAAGUCAACAACCCCUUUCAGGUCAGUGGGCGUCGGGUGCCCCCUUCGACCCAAAAGAAGCCCACACCACUGGUCACGUGUCCCAAUGACCCGCCACCGUUCCCGUGCUCCACAGCGCCCCCUGCUGGCCCCGCAUCCAUGGUGCCCUUCCCGGGUGUGCCUGAGUUUGCAUCAGUGGGCUUGGUGACGCCCGUCGUGGGUGUCGGCCCCAUGGCUGCCAUCCCUGCUGCACACAGCCUGCUGGGCCCAGGGCUGCUACCAUCAACGAGCUGCACUACUAACCCCUUCCUGCUGGGGGCGGAAUGAGCGCUUUUAAUGAACCCGUCAUUCUAGCAGUCUGGGGUCGUCACAGGGAGUACACAUUUUAAUAGGUAGAAUAUACACUUGGAUAUAAAUUACCCUGUGGAUAUUUUUCAGAGGUUACACAUCUUUAAUUAAUGUGCUAACUUUUAUUCAGGAAAAUCACAGACAGCAAGGUUGUGGUCCCCUUCCCUCUGACGUAAAUCAGGGCUGAAUAAGAAGAAUUGUAUUAUCUGAACUAAUUAAUGUCAGUCUUAUCAAGCCCUGAAAUUUUUAGGUGAUUUAAAUCUGCUGGAAAGUCGUGCUUGCUAAAAAGAGUGAAACCUAAUACACCAUGUGUAUUAAAGAAGAACUGGCUUUACACUCUCCUCAACUCAGUGAAUGUUUUUAAUGCUAAGAAAGAAAAUCACACACAUAUUUUCAGGUUAUUUUCAGGUUAUUUCCUGUACAACGCAUCUGUGUUUCGUUCCAAAUGUUGUGGAUUUGCAUUUUUGCAUUUUAGUAUUAAUUUUAAACAAUCCUCUCUUUCUGUGUCAGUUUUCCCAAUAUUAGAAGUUGGAUGUUUUCAAAAAAAAAAAAAAUGAAACUGGCUCGGCAAAGGAUUGUCCUCGAUUUUAAUAAAAACCUCUUGGGAACUGGAGAAAUGCGACAUUUCAUGCGCAGGGCUGCAUGGUGAGAGGCUUCACGGCGGGCUGAUGGUGCCCAGCUGUGCACUUCUGGGUGGCAGGGGUACCUCCCUGAUUGUGUGUGGGCUUUAAAGAAGCAUGUGUCUGAUCUGUUAUACACAUUAAUAAAGUGAUUUGGUCAUUGA